CGUCACUGGUAUAUAUAACUCCACUGCGCAACCUCCAAAACUUCGUGUGUACUAUCGGGCAGCAUUGCGAUUAAACCUCCGACUUGUCAAGUGAUCAGGUGUAAAGUUUUGUUUGUGUCUCUUGUUCAACUGCAACGACGUUGCACUCUACCGAUUUCGAACCUAUACGACUCAGCUGAGAGGCUACGAACCCCUGACAUUCGUGUACAACAUUUGGGCCACACCGAGGCCGCGACACAAAAGGUGAAACUUGCAAAACAGACGAUCCGGUCUCUACCAGCACCGGUUCAAACACCAUCUCUGCAGUACACACCAUCAAAACUGUGUGCGCGUUUUUUUGUUUUUUACUUGUAGAUCGCACACGCUGCUAAGAAAGUGAAGACGAACUGUUGAUCGAAGACGAUGUCGGCGUAAACAAAGCGUGAAAUGCAGAGACCCGUUUAGUUUAACCUCAAAACCUGUGCGAUAACAACAAGCGAACGACGAUGCUCAGCUUGAAAAAGGUGUAUUGCGACGAGCUGUUGCAGCUCGCCCUCAUCCUCAGCCUUCUCAGGUCUCAUCCUGACUCUCACCUGGAGACUGACAUCCUGUCUUCAGUCAACAAUUAUGAUCUGGACAAUGGCACUAGCUGGAGAUCAAUGGGGCCCAGUCUGCUCCGGUCUCACUAUGUCCAUCCCAAGAGUCUUGACACUAUACUCAUGAAUUAUGAAAGGGAAGUGUUUGCGGAUCUCAACUCCUUGGGGAGAUAUCACAGAGCCAACAUCCACCAACCCAAUAUCACUGCGUACCUUCUCAAUGUGGACAGAACAGCAGCUGAAAUCUUGCCUGAAAUACCAACACAGCCCCCUGUUGAAGAACCUACUGUUGAACCAGCUGAGAGUCCUGGGGAAAGCAAUGUUGAUAACUCUUUGGAACUCACACAAGAGGAUAUGGAUUUGAUUGAAGUGCUGUGGAAACAGGAUGUGGAUCUUGGUGUGCCUUUAGAAGUGGGACCGACCAAACCGGAGAAGCUGGAUCCCGAUCUGAAUUCGACUCCUACAACCUCCAAAGAAGACGGAAACUUGGAUGAUAUUAAAACCCUCAAAGAAUUUAACGAGAGCAGCAUCAAAAUCGAACCGGAGUCACAGGACUUGGAUCCUUGGGCCGGAUUGAACUACACCGUGGACACGGAGACAGGGGAGUAUGUGAUAAAGGGAGAGUUAGAAGACAGUCUUACUGGAGCGGAGUGCGGCCCCUCGUGCGAUCUUCCACUUGGGGACCUAUCGUUACCGCUCCCCGAAUUCUUUCUGGAACAGGCCCUCCAGUUAGUCGGAUUAGAAGACGACGCACCACAAGAAGCGGCGAGCGAGAAGGCUUUGGAAAGCGGAUCUCCAGGUGAUUCGGACCCCGACACCGCCGUUGCUGGCAGUUCCACAUCCACCACAGCUACAGGACCUUUGGGCAUCAAGGAGAGCGAAUCUGAAGACGAGUUCGACAUCUUCGGCGAUAUGAUCCAAACGCAGUUCCACCACCCCCAUCACCGGGCUUUCCAGGUAAAUGCCUACAUAGGCCGCAUGCCGAUCGUUCGCACGAUGAGCAUGGAGCAAAGAUGGCAGGACCUGGCUAACCUCCUGAGCCUGCCCAGUCCUGGCGAUUCGGCGGCCAUGGCACAUCCCUUCAGCCACCACCACCAUGCGCUGCACAACUAUAGCCACCCCCACACGCACGGCAUGGGUUACGGUCCUGACGCAGCGCGAGGGGUUCUCCUCCACAACGCCACCCUGACGCCCCCAAUGGGCGACAUCAAUUCCACAGUACCUUACAGCAAUUUAGGAGGUACGAAUUUGGGUAACGCCGUUGCCACUUCUAUGAACCUUACGAACAGCAGCGAGCCCAUGGGUGAACCCAGCAAUGCUGGUCACUAUAAGCUCGAGCCCACACACGAUAUGAUGUAUUAUCAGAAUACCACAUCGGACCUGAACCAGACCGACGGUUUCCUGUCAUCCAUUCUUAAUGACGAAGACCUGCAGCUUAUGGAUAUGGCGAUGAACGAAGGAAUGUACACAAUGCGGAUGUUGGACAGCAACAAUGCCGUCAGCAACCUAAGUAUGUCCAGUGCGACGGGUGCUGCCCCAAUGUCCUCCUCUCGUGUAGACGUCGAACGGAUGGACACCUCCAGCGACAGUGCCGUCAGCUCCAUGGGUUCCGAACGAGUGCCAUCGCUAUCCGACGGAGAGUGGUGCGAUGCCGGCUCCGAUUCUGGACACACCGCUGGUGAUCACUAUGUGAACGAUUACACAAAAUAUAGACCCUACGACUACAGUUAUUCGAGCAGACAACACUCGACCACUACUUUCGGACCAUCAGAUGCUAACCGAUUGCCAGUAGCUCAGAAGAAACAUCACAUGUUUGGAAAACGUUGCUUCCAAGAACAAGGUUCGACGCAAGCACAAGCUCCGAUUAAGUAUGAGUACCGUGAUCCUGGAAGUGCGUCGGUUUACAACAGUUCAAACCAAGCUGAAGGAGCAAUUCCGAAGCCGCCUGAAAUCAAGUAUCCUUGUAAUAUGGAGUUCAGACACAAUUUGGCAAGGAAUCAUUUGGAGCAUAUCCAGCAUAACCACACGUAUCAUCUGCCGGUGGAGAGUACAGGUGCUAUGCAACGACCCAUCUCCCGGGAUAAGAUGAAGAGUAGAAAGGCCGAGGAGGAACAUCUGACUAGGGAUGAGAAGCGCGCUCGUGCCUUGAGCGUGCCAAUCUCCGUUGACGAGAUCAUCAAUUUGCCAAUGGAUGAAUUCAACGAGCGUCUUUCCAAGUACGACCUGAGUGAGGCACAGCUUAGCCUGAUCAGAGACAUUCGUCGUCGAGGCAAGAAUAAAGUAGCAGCACAGAACUGCAGAAAGCGCAAAUUGGAUCAGAUUUUGAGCUUGGCUGAUGAGGUGAAAGACAUGCGUGACAGGAAGAUUCGACUCCUCAACGAGCACGAGUAUCUCUCAGGCGAAUGCCAACGCGUAAAAGACAAGUACCAGCAGCUUUACCGUCACGUAUUUCAGAAUCUACGAGAUCCUGAAGGUAACCAGUAUUCGCCCUAUCAAUACAGCCUGCAAACAUCCGCGGAUGGUUCGAUCCUGGUCGUGCCUCGCGCCAACUCUAGCAUCACGAAUCCAGAGAGAAAGGAACCACACCCGCCCGGUCGCAAGGAGUGAAUAUUUUGAUUCGUUUCUUAUGUGGUGUGAAUUCCACAACAAACAAACAAACAAACAUUGCCAUCCAGAGUAAAAUUUAUUUAGAGUUCAGUUUUCGUUUCGUUUUUCUUUCUCUACUAAGCUACAGGAAAAAAAAACACAAACACACACACACAAAAGCAGAGACACAAGAAGAAGUGCGUGCAUUUCGUUUUUGGUUUUAUUAAUUAUUAUUUUUUAUUUUUGUACAGAAUUACCAUUUUAGUUAGUUUAGUUAGUAUAUUUCGGGGAAAAUUCUAACUGAGAAGAGUUCUAGUUUUGUUCUUUUGUCUUUUUUUUUGCUCGUUCCCUUAUAAUUUUAUUGUUUCAUUAUUAUUAAAACAAAAUCAAAAUCAAAUACAGAUGUAUUCAAAUACUUCGUUCUCAAAAAAAAAGUACUGUUAUAAUAGAAAGAAAGAAACAAACAAAUAAUAAACGCAGGGAAACCAAAAGUUUCUGGAGUCUCGCCAUCCUUGGAAUUGUUAGGGAGAUGUCUAUUUUUAUAAAAUAUAUAAAGAAGAAAAAUUAAAUUUAUAUAUAUAUGAUAUAUAAGGUGAAAAAACAAACAGAAUAUUUACAGGUGAUCGAGUUUUUGCCUUUUUUUUGUAACUUGUAUAUAGCAUGGUAUGAAUGUUGAUUUGAGUGUGUAUGGAUUGAGUGCAUAUGAAUGGAUUUUUGUGCCGGUGAGGAUAAUUUAGUAAACGUGCGUUAAAUAUUGUUGAGUCGCAAGGCAGAAAUGAUCGAAAAACAAUAUGAGAAAAUAUAUAUAUAUAUAUUAACAUGGAUAUGAAAAUAAUAUUAUAUGAUUAUUAUACAAAUUUACGAGUAACUCGUUUUAGUGACCGUACUUUUUAUUUUUCUUUUAAGUAAUUCUUACUACUUUUUAUUUGUACACUUAUGUUCUUUUUUUUUCUUUUUUCCAUUUUGGUAAAUGUUAGAAAUGCAAACAACAAAAAUCUAAUAUAAUAUCGAUGAAUAAUUAUAGGCUAAUAUUUUUAUAACUAAAGUAGUUUUUGUACAUUGUAUAUUGUAAGUAAGUGUAUAAUAAAAAUAAGGCCUACACGAGCAAUGGCGCUAUAACUUAGUACUUAGGGCUUAUUAUUAUUAUUACUAUCUUUAUUGCUAAUAUUGUUGCGUAACUAGGGGUUAACUAUCGAAUCGUGUUUGUGUUAAUGCAAAAUUAGAAUGUGGAGUUCAAUAUCUUUCACCAACCCACCUCUUGUAUUGAUUAUUAAUUGAUAUAUUUAUAAUUUAAUCCUCGAACAAUGCCAAUAUAUAUUUAAUAUAUGUGAAAAUGGAAAGAUUGAUAUUUCUCUUUGUAUGUCUAUUAUUAAUAAUAUUUCGUUUUCGUUUA